AUGGAGGUAAUCUGGGCUGAGUUGGCCUCAACAACUCAAGGACUUCGAGACUGUGAGAAUAAAGUACAAGAAGAAUUGGACAAACCUGAGCUAAACUAUGAGAAUUUAAAGGAUGUUCUCCAGGACACGGUGGAACAAUUUAUGAGAGCCGAUGUGGUCAUGGAAAGAGUUAGGGACGAGAUGCAAAGGACAAUCAACUCUUUGCGAAACAAUAAAAAGAUCUCGAUCCGUCGCCGCACAGCUCUUAAAGCGUUAUCGGAUGAGUUUGCCCGUCAUCUAAUCGAGAUGAGAAUUCAAUUCGGAAAAACUGGUGAUAUGGUGGAAAGAGUAAAGAAUCUAAUGCUACUCGAGAUGAGCCCACGAGCCGCUUUAGGGACAAUAUCAGAAGCGUUAGUUGAAGAUCGCUUUAAUGGAGGGUAUAUAGAAGUUGAACCGAAGAGAAUCGCUUUACAGAGAAGUGAGGCCGCUAUCAUUCAUUCGUCUCAAUGCAAAACAGAGAACUGCCGUCGGUUAAAAUCGUGCACAAAGAUCAAAAUAGAUCUACAACACUUAAAGACUUGUAAACGACGUCGUUGCAAAACGGGUUGUGAGGACUGUGAACCAUUGCGAAGAUUAAUUGAAUAUCACGCGAAAUUCUGUAAUCAGCGAGCAUGUCGGGUCCCAUUCUGCGCCCGUUUUCGCCCAAAACUUGGCAUCUCCAAGAGGAAAGUUAGAAAAAUAUUGCUC